AUGACUUCCACAACCAAGACAGUAGCCUUCUUUGGCGCUAGCACUGGCGUCGGUCUUGCAGCUCUCAAGACUAGCCUAGCAGCAGGCCUCCAAUGCACUGCACUCUGCCGAACUCCAUCAAAGCUUGAGGCCAUUUUCCCCGCGGGUUCCACACCCAAUCUGAAGAUCAUCAAAGGCGACGCUCACGAUAUCACCCCGGUCUCAGAAUGUAUCCGCACUCAAGAUGGCAACCUCGUCGACAUGAUCAUCAGCACCAUCGGCAGUCGACCAGUCGGGUGGAAGAUGAAUCUCGCAGACCCAGAAUGCUGCCGCAAAGGCGCUUCCGUCCUUCUCGAAGCCAUCGCUCAACUUCGCAGCCAAGGAGCCUCUGGAAAACCCCAUAUCGUGGCUUUCAGCACCACUGGCUUGUCUCGAUUUGGCCGCGAUUACCCACUGGCCAUGUUCCCAAUCUAUGUGUGGUUGCUCCAUGCUGCCCAUGAAGACAAGCGAAUUAUGGAGGAUAAAUUCAUCGCUAGUGGUGAGAACUUCACGAUUGUUCGUGCAAGUAUUCUCAAUGAUGGCGAGACGAAGAAAACCGUCCGGGUGGGCAUCGAAGAUCCCAAGGCUGGACGGGAGUCUACUGAGAUUGGAUAUUUCAUCUCAAGGGAGGAUUCAGGGCGAUGGACCGCGGAGAAUCUCAUUUUGAAGAAGACUCAGAAGUAUGAGAACAAGAUUCUCUCGAUUACGACUUGA